AUGGCUCCAAAUCCCAAUCUCGCCUUCCUCCAAGACUCCUUGAAGGCCGUCUUGGGCUCUGAGACAAAGCUCCUUGAUCUUAUGGUUAAAAAGCUGAAUUCCGAUUCCCCUACCCCCAUUACCGCGCGCGACGUCUUCAAUGUCGUCUAUGAGCGCGCCAGCGGCAGCUCGCCUGAAGCCAUUAAGAAAGUCGAGCUUCUAAGCUCGUACUAUGAGCUCACCGGUUCUGACGGUCCAUUGACUGCGUAUCUUUCUGCAAACAACCCAAAAAGCCUCCCAGAUCUUGCAAAGCGCUUCUAUACACUUCCCGCCGACGCUCCCGCGGAUAUCGCAGAAUCUGCUCGCGCCACCUGGAAACAAAACGUUUUUGCCCACCAGCCCUCCGCGGUCCUACUCGGCCUUGUGGACACAGAUGUCAUCCCAGCAGCCGACGAUAACGGCAAAAUCGGGAGUCUCAAGGCCCUGGUCGUUGAUUGUCUGACCGCCGCCGUUGGUCAGGAUUUUGACAUUAGUAAGAAAUCCGUACGAAUCAUGUUCAAGCAUCCUGAAGUAGCAACAAAACUAUCCAACGCCCCGAAAGAUCAACAUGGAAAUGCCAUGGCCUUUAUAAGGACCCUCCAGAGACUUCAGGCUUUGGUGCGGGACCCAGCUGAUAUCGCGAAAUUGAUGGCCCAGCGCGCCGAGUCCGCGCACGACAUCGCCGUAGCAGACCUGGAACUCUUUAUUAAAAACAUGGCAAAGUCAGGGAUGCCUGAAGACACUGCCCGCCGCAUACACGACCAUGCCACCACCGUUGAAAUCCGCAACGAGCAGACAUGGGCCAUGGAACUUCGGAGAAGGAACGCUGCCGUGCUGCCAAAGGUCACUGAUGACAAAGAGACAAGGCUAGCCGCUGCUAAGAAAAAGGAUAAUAGAGCGGAAACACAAGUUAUAAACAUGACAAAUUUGUUUAACGAUAUGGAUGGUGUUGAGUGUAGCGACUGCUCCUCCGUGCUCAGUGCGUCGGCCUACUUUGUGGAUCUGCUCCGCUUACUACAGGAGACCAGAUCAAUUCCGGACGACAGUAGUUCGCCAACCCUGUAUGACAUGUUUAUGAAUCGGCGUCCUGACUUGCAAAAGCUCGAGUUAUCGUGCACAAAUACAAAUGUUUUGAUCCCGUACCUUGACCUUGUCAACGAGGUCUUGGAGUCGUGGGUUGAUUAUGUCUGUGGGAAUGAAUACGCCAAAUACGGAGUGAAAAACAUGUCGGCAGAGGAAACAAAUGACCCCACCAACCACGUUGUGCAGCCCCGUCAUAUAGACCUCAAGGUUUAUCAGGGUAUCUUGCAGAAACAAGUCUUUCCACUCAACGUCUUUCCCUACAAUCAAGCUAUUGACACUAUCCGCUCCUUACUCACGGCCGCCGGAAGUUCUCGUCGCGAAGUUCUUUCCACGUUUUCUUCUGUCGAUCGUUUCCUGACUCGAAUCGCUCCCUCGAGCAAGCGAAAGCUAACCGUGACCGACGUCGACCGCCUGCGAGAUCCCGCGCAAAGAGUAUUGGAUCGCGCAAACGCGGCCGAGAUCUUGGGGCUGCAACAACAAGACUUUAUGGCCAUCACCAGAGAGGCUUUCCCGCCGUUUGAAUUUUGGCGCUCUUACGAGCAAUUGGCACUUGCGUCUGACUACCGUGCUGCAAUGGGCAUCCGGUCGGCCAUGGCAUUAUGGGGAUACGACGAUGACACCUUGGACACGGCCGGAAACAAAUCUAGGAUGCUGGACGAGAUAGAAGGUGUGGGGCUAACCUUUAUCAAGCGGGAGCUGUUGCCGCGCGCGGCCAUCUCAUUCAAGGACCUCCAGGACAUUCUCAAGACACAAUUCAUGGGCGGCAGGCUGGUUAUCACCACAAACCAACUCAACCGCUUCUCAGGCAAACUGGAUGACAUGCGCCUGCGCUGCACCGUGCUUCUCAGGGAGGACAGGGGCACAUUGACAGAGGAUAUAUGCCACGACCUUCAGGCAUUCAUCCGGUUGUGGAGAAAACUCGGGUGGUCUAUCGGCGAAACCGACGCAAUCCUCAGUACUCUCCGCCGAAAUGGUAAGGACGAGUCAACCCUCGACAUUACUCCCAGUUGGGGUAUCACUGGCGAGAUGCUUGAAGAUAUCGCUGCAGUGAAACAGAUUACCGAGAUUCCGGGCAUCCCUUAUCCCGCCGCUGCGACACUACAGCCUUUGUGGGGUAAUAUUGACACCAAUGGCCCAACAUCGCUCUACGCCCGCCUCUUCCUACAGGCACGGAUUGUCAAGCUCGACAACGUUUUCACCCCCGAUGAAAAAACGGGCAGGGUCUUCACCGGCGCGACCCAGCGCUUUUCGCAGCACAAGCCCGUCGUCUUGGCUACCCUGGGAAUCCUGGAGGAGGACUUGGGUUACUUCCUCGCCGCUGCUGGUCCAAGUCCUGAGGCCAAGCUGACUAUCGAAAGUCCUAUGACUCUGGAAAAUGUCUCGGCCAUCUACCGUGUCUCGCUAAUGUGCAACAUCCUCGGUAUCGCUGCAUCCGAGUACGCUGCUUUCCAGGAACUGUUUUCCAACGAAGACAUAUUUGCGAACCCCCGUGCGACACUCCAGGUGUUGAGAAAGUGGAAGCUGCUGCUUGAUGCUGGCUGGACCCUGAAGAGUCUGGUGGCCCUGGGAGGUCAACUGAGCGAUCGCGAUACUUCGCUGGCGCUUGAAGCCACAAAAAGGUUGAUGGACGGUAUCAUUUCUAUCGAGAAAUCGUAUCCGAGUAGCGCGAGCCACACUGCUGCCACGGCGGAGGAGGUUGUCAAAGUAGCCUCGCUGUUGUUCCCACCGGGAAAAUCAGAAGCGGCUGUACAAAUGAUUGAAGAAUCUGCUAUUCCGGAUAAGGGGAAUAAGACUCUCCUGAGACUCGCUUCGAAGCUCUCCUGUAACGUCUUUUCCGUUGGAACAGCGGGAGAAAGCAAGAUUAGCUUGACCCUUACUGGUCUCUUGUCUGAAGAGGAAAAGAAAAUGGCGUUGGAAGUCAUGGGUGGGGAGGUUGCUGAGUGGUCAAAAGCCAUCGCAGGGCUUGAUUCCGACUCCAGGGCGGUCUUUAAGGUUCUCUCUGAACGGAUAUUUACAGAUGAAACAGUGUUGAGAGAGGCGGAAAGGGUCUUUCCCAGGGCGACAGAUGAAGCCAUCAAUAACCGGCGUCUCUUUUUCCUUAGACAUGCAACUCCAAUCCUGAAAGCCCAGUGUUUGCAACAAAUCAUCCUCGACAAUGUCUCAGUCGACUUUCCAGUCGAUAGCGCGUUGCUAAUGGGUCUGUUGACGGACAUUGUCCGCGCUGGAUCCGAUAAAAAGACAGCUUUGGAGGCCUUGCGUACGCUGCCUGCCGUCGAUGGCAGUGCCCUAUCUUUUGACGGCUUCUUCCUACCUCCCACCUCCGGAGACUAUUAUUUUAUUGUCGAGCCUUCGGGCGAACCCUCAUCCACGCUAAACCAUACCCCACCGUUCACGCUGUUGCUCGAUGAUAAAUCGUUGAACCCUACCUUGAAAUCUGGCCGCUGGGAGUCGGGUCAAGUCCGACUCACCUACGGCAAAACCUGCACUCUGACGUAUAAGGGAAUCAACCUAAAGCAAAUCCAGUACAUGACCAAAGACGCACUCACACCGUCCCCCCUCACGGCUGACAUGCUCAUUGAGAAAAACACUAGGAACACCAUCGACGAGGUCUACCGUAAACUCGCGGUGGCAUCGAGGGUGCUCCAGGUGUACUGCCUGAAUCUCAAGGAAAUGGAGUAUUUCCAUCGUGAAUCGUCUAAGCUCGAGCUAUCCAAGCUAAGUGUCACUUUUCAUAGCCCCACAAUUGACCAGCUGCAGCGCCUCCAGACCUAUCGGGAUGUCCGUGAUGCUUGCCAAUCAAAAGAAAAGAAAGGCAUGUCGCUCAUCGAGUUGUUUGAAUGGACGGCUCGUGAGGACGCACAUACAAAGGGCGGGGAACUUUACACCAAGAUCUCAGAGGCCACGGGUUGGCCGACCAGAUCCGUGGAGAGCAUUCUGUUGUCAAAAUAUCCCAACCAGUCGAAGUCGAACCCCGAGCGGAUCAUUAACCUCUUCCGAAACGAACGCGAGCUCUUUAUAAUGAAGCAGAUGUUCAAAGUCAUUGAUCGUAUGAAUUUGCCAAGUAUUCAAGUUAUCACUCUCUUUAGAUUCGCAUCUCCCGAUCUGAGCGUCGCCGAGUCGCAAGUCACAUCUUUGAGCAAGGACGAGACGUUUAUCAGUGCCAACGAGCUUCGCCUUGCGACGCAUUCCACGCUAAGUGCUGGUGCCGGCAGUCCUUUAGCUGUGGCCCACGACGAGCUUCGAGAUAGACAGCGCACGGCACUCGUCCAAUUUCUCCUCCACCACAAAAAAAUCAAGGAGCUCAAGCUCCUCGAUGCUGAUCACCUGUUUGAAUUCUUUCUCAUUGAUGUCCAAAUGGGCGCAAAGCUGCAAACCUCGCGAAUGAAGCAAGCAAUCUCGACUGUCCAGCUGUUCAUUCAACGCUGCAACCUCAGUCUCGAAAAGUCAGUCAAGGGGGGCGUCAUGUGCGCAGGAGUUUCCCAAGUACGUUGGAAAUACAUGGCCAAAUACACCCUGUGGGAGGCCAACCGCAAGCUCUUCCUCUACCCCGAGAACUGGAUUGAUCCGACGCUGCGCGACAACAAAACCGACCUCUUCAAGACGCUUGAAGCUAGCAUUAUGCAGAACAACGUCGAUAUGGAGACCAUCAGCAACGCCAUCAAGGCGUAUGUUUAUGGUGUCAACGAGAUUGCAAGCUUGGAAGUCCAGGCAUACGUGUGGCAGAAGAUUGACGAAAAAACGAAAUGGAAGUUUCACUUUUUUGGUCGCACCAGGAACGCCCCGUAUCAGUACUACUACCGCUCGCUUGAUGUCGACAACGGAAAAUCUAGAACGAUGAGCUGGGAUCCCUGGACCAAAAUUGAUGUUGAUAUCCCGUCACUCGAGACGGAUAUCGACGGUAAAUCCCUGCGCAUGCCCGGUGCGUACUUGAUUCCGGUGAUCAGUCGCGGCAGGCUAUUCCUUUAUAUUCCUCAUUUUAUGCUCCAGAGCGAGUCGGACAGAGCCCAGAGCGUGUCGGAAAGCGGACAGAAGGUUACGUUCAAGGAGAUUGGGAAUAAGCCGGCGGUAGAUGCCACGCCAAAGAAGCACUGGGAAAUGCGUCUAGGGCACACCGAGUUUCGGAAUGGGAAAUGGUCGGCAAAGCGGAUCUCGCAGCGCUUUUUGCAGGUUCCACUGCAUCCUGAAGGGGGUGAAUCGCCUCCGUUGUCGAGCUUUAGAUUCUUUGUUGAUACCAUAUCAUCCAAGACUCUCAAACAUGAAAGUUCAGAUACAGACGACGUCGUCGUUAUUGAUGUGGAAAGCUGGCAUACAAUGAAGGGGAAAAAGUUUGCGGUACCCACAGAGCGCUUGGCUGCUGGCCAGAAGGCCCACCGGUGGGUUCUUGGUCGAUUCAAGAUACGCGGGACCCAGAUUUCUGUUAUCGAACCCAGAACGAAGAAAGAGGAGGAGGAAGCAGCCGCCGCCGCAAAAAAGCAAAAGGAAGCAGCCGCUGCCGCCGCCGCUGCCGCCGCCGCAAAAAAGCAGGAGUCAGGUGACCCAGAGAAGAACGCUAUGCAGAAGGAGGAGGUCAUAGAUGAAAAGCUCGCGGAUUCCCUCGAGGUCUCUAAUUCCCAGUCUGAGUACGACCAUUCUUUCCCCACACAUUUCUCGAAGCUCUGGGCUCCGGCGAAGAGUGAGAAGAACCCAGAAGUCUUUGUCGAAAUGCGCCGCGGCGGGGAUAUCUCUGAUGUGACUUUGGCAAUGACCACGGUGAAUGAGUUGACGUACCGAGACUUUACCUGGACCAUGUCAUAUCACGGCUCUCGAUCGGAAAAGCUGACGGCCUUGCUCCUCGAGGUUUCGAAUCGCUCAAGCCACUCCACAUAUUUUGCGCUCCCGCCUGCCCCGGGCGAGGUUGCUGACCUGGGCCCAUCCGCGAUAAUCGGACCCAACGGUGUCCCGGUCCCUGUCAGCCACGUGAUGAAAGAUAUCAGUCUCUUUGACCAUGUUCUUGCAGCUGACCUAAUGGAAUACUCCACCACAAGCGACACAGUUGACGAGAUGUAUGACUUUCUGAGCAAAGUCACUGAGGGAAGCCUAUGCAAGGCUGGCUUUGGCGGUAUAACCAAUGGCUACGACGAGCAUGCGUCGCCAUAUGCACUGUACAAUUGGGAGCUGGGAAUGCACGUAGUGUCCCUUCUCAUGGAGCGUCUUCUAGCCACGCAGCAGUUUGAGCUUGCUCUCAAAAUUGCUCGUCUUGUGUUCGAUCCCACUAUUGAAGGUAAAGGCAUGGAACGGUGUUGGCGCUUUGUGCCUUUCAGGAACACAGCCAUCACUGGUGGGCAGACGUCGGUCAAAAUUCUGAACAGUCUUCUGCCUGAAGAUGGGAAAGAAAGGGAAAGCGAGACUUAUGUCAGGAACUGGAAGAAAAACCCGUUUAUCCCCCAUGCAAUUGCCCGUUCGCUACCAGUGGUGUAUAUGAAACGGUUUGUCAUGAAGUAUAUCGAAAUCUUGAUUGCGAGUGGAGACGAGUAUUUCCGUCAAAACAGCCUCGAAAGCAUCCCGUUGGCGAUCCAGCGCUACGUCGAAGCGUCGCAUCUAUUUGGACCCCCGCCACAGCAAAUUCCGAGCAUGGGAAAGAGAGACGUCAAGACUUUCGAAAAGCUCAAUUCGUAUUUCGACAUUUUCUCCAACGCUGCGGUUGACAUGGAGCUAGAGUUCCCGUAUAGCAGCGAGCCGUGCUACCGUGGGGCUGCGAAUGGCACACCCGCAUUGGCCUCGGGGGCAGGCCAGCAGAACCUGUUUACGGGGAUAGUCAAAACUGGGUACUUUUGUGUCCCGCCAAACACCCAACUCACAGCGCUGAGGAAUCUAAUCAACGAUCGCUUUUACAAAGUCCGCAAUUGCAUGGAUAUCAACGGACGCCCGCUAUCCCUCCCACUAUUUGAUCCACCCAUCGAGCCAGGUCUUCUAUCCCAGGCUCAAGCUGCGGGACUUAGCCCCUCGGCGCUACUGAAUGAUCUUGACGCCCCCAUGCCGAACUAUCGAUUCUACUACCUACUGCAGAAGGCUCUGGAAAUGUGCUCCGAGUUGAGAAGUAUGGGCGAGCAGUUUUUGGCUGCAAAGGAGAAGAAGGACUCUGAAGGACUGACGAUGCUUCUUUCGCGCUACGACGUCUUGACCAACACCACACUCCUCCCGAUCAAGCAGCAACAAAAGACGGAGGUGCUCAAGAGCAUCGAGGCUUUGGAGGAAGUGCGGAGAUCGCAUGUCUCUCGUCUGCGUUUCUACCUGGCCUUGAUUGGGGAGUCUUCGGAGAAGGUCCCAGAUCAAAAUUCCGAGUGGACCGACGUUGUGCAGAGCAUUGAAAAGCCGACGAUGGACGAUCUACGCAUGACAUCCUACGAGAAGCUCGACAUGGAAAAGCAAGACAGCGCUGCUCGCUUGACGGAUGUUGCAUCGGUCCUCGAUCUCACAGCGGCCGGUCUGCUCGCCCUCCCAAACCUGGAAACAAACAUGCAGCCAAUGGGUGUCGGAGUCGGAAUCAAGUUUGAUGCAGCAAAUGCCGCGGAGGCUAUGAUCGGCACGGCGAAAGUCCUAAAGGUGAAGGCACAGAUGGAUAGCCAUGAGGGGCAGCGUGCAUCGCGCAAGGGACAAAUGAUCCGCCAGCUUCAAGAGCGCCGACUGCAAGCCAACAUGGCUGGUCACGACGUCAAGCACAUGGACAAGGAGAUUGCGGUGCAAAAGGUGAAGCUUGCGAUCUGCGAGAGCGAGAUCCGGGCGCAGGAGAUUCAGAUUGAACGGUCCUCGCAGGUACAGGAAUGGCAUCGCACAAAAUAUACAAACCAAAAGCUGUAUGCUUGGUUGGAGAACUCCUUCCGUAAGCUGUAUUACGAGUCGUACUUGCUCACCAUGCAGCUCGCACGAAAGGCCGAACGGGCAUUCUUUUUUGAGAAUGCAAGCCGUGGAGGCCCAGAGACGGUGAGUUAUCUUACCCAGAGCGGAUAUUGGGACAGCGCGCGCGAUGGGCUGUUGUCGUCCCAGAACCUAUACCUAAGCCUAAAGAGACUGGAGAUGGCAUACAUGGAAAAGCGUGCGCACGAUUUUGAGAUUGUCAAGAAUAUCUCUCUGCGCCAAACCAACCCAACUGCGCUUCUUGCUCUUCGUCACAAUGGCUCCGCACAGUUCUGGCUGCCAGAGGUCCUCUUUGACCUUGAUUUCCCUGGGCACUAUUUCCGUCGAAUCAAGUCUGUUUCGGUGUCAAUCCCGUGCAUCGUUGGUCCCUACACGUCGCUGAACUGCACUCUGAGUCUCCUCGAGAACCGCACGCGUAUCUCGCCCUCGACCUCCCCCCCUUACGCCGACAAAGGUCGCGACGACCCCCGCUUCCGCACUGACCGCAUCCCGAUCACCUCGAUCGCCGUCAGCUCCGGGCAAAAUGACUCUGGCACGUUUGAGCUCAACUUCUCCGGCGAGCGUUACCUUCCCUUCGAAGGUGCCGGCGCCAUCAGUAGGUGGAAGCUCGAGUUCCCGGCCACCUUCAAGCAGUUUGACUACAGUUCCAUCAGUGAUGUGGUUAUUCAGAUGCGGUACACCUCGAUUGAUGGCGGGAUUGGCACCCAGCAAGCCGCGACCGGCGCCGUCAAGGAGUAUAUGCAAAGGGUUGAGGACGUGGGGGUGAGCGAUGCUCGUGGCGAGAGCGGAUGCUAUGCGCUGCUGGACUUGCGCAACGACUAUCCAAAUGAGUGGUUCGAUAUGCGUGCGCCCGGCAGCGGCAGGAAAAUGAAACUUGACCGCAUUGGCGACCGACUACCGUUCUGGACAAAGGUGGCGUCCUCUGUCACGGCGACCAGCAUCCUACUAGUUGUGCGCCAGGUUCCGGAAAAGUGGAGCAAGACGGUAUCAAUCAAGACGAACACGGCCACGGUGGAAUUUGAAACUGCCGGAGAUGUAGAUAUGGGUAAAGACGUGACGGUGCUUGCAAGCAAGCCGUUCACUGGGGAGGCGCUGGGAGGAAUGAAGCCUUGGGAACUCACCAUUGGCACCGACAAGGAUGAGGUUGACAAUGUCUAUCUUAUCGUGAAGUAUAGGAUUGAGAUCAGGAAGUAG